AUGAGAGACCUUAUAGUUUUAGGGGGCAGUUCGCUUCCGACUCUAACAAGACUGAUUUGCAGAAACUUGACCCUCGAAAAGAGUAGAGUCGAACAGAAGAAGUUCUCAAAUGGUGAGAUUUCCAUCGAAAUCAAGGACUCGGUUAGAGGAAAAGACGUCUUCAUUAUCCAAAGUGGAUGCGGCCAUGUCAACGAUAACUUCUUGGAGCUUCUUAUCAUGAUCUCUGCAUGCAAAACUUCCAGUGCCAAAAGAGUGACGGCUGUUUUGCCAUUCUUUCCCUACUCAAGACAGCCAGAGAACCCCAAGGUUGCAAUGGAACACAGAGAAAGUGUGGCUGCUCAAGGCUACCUCGCUUCUCUCAGUGCUAAAUCUAAAACCCUUGCCACCAAUGACGCCGGUAUUGACUUCUUAGGUGAAGUUGAUGAGAACGGAAGGGACAACAGUGGGUACAAGCAAUGGGUCAGUCAAAACGGUACAGUCAUCGCUAAACUUUUGAUGACUGCUGGCGCUGAUCGUUGCAUCACAAUGGAUUUGCACGAUCCGCAAUUCCAGGGCUUCUUCGACAUCCUGGUUGAUAAUUUGUAUCUGACCCCUCUAUUCAAACGAUACAUCAUCGAUUACGUGCCUGAGUACAAGGACUGUGUGAUAGUUUCUCCUGAUUCUGGUGGAGCUAAAAGAGCCACUUCCAUUGCAGACUCGCUUGGCUGCUCUUUCGCAUUGAUUCACAAGGAGCGUAAAAUCAAGGUUGAACCUGCUGGACUAGGGUCUCCUGUUCUUCGGGCCUCUGAGUCAGUUAUGUCAACAAACGCAACAACGAUCAAUUCUUCAAUGCUUGUGGGUGACGUGAAGGAUCGUGUAUGUGUCUUGAUUGACGACCUUGCUGACACCUGUACUACCAUCACGAGGGCUGCUCUGGUUUUGAAGGAAGCCGGCGCAUCUUACGUCCUUUGUUUGGUAACUCACGGUAUUUUUAGCGGUGAUGCUCUAGAAAAGGUCCUUAUCUCUGACAUCGAUAAAUUUGUCACCACAAAUAGUAUACCUCAAGCUGAGCAUUCGAGAUUUUUGGGAGAGAAGAGAUUUGAGGUGUUGGAUGUCUCCAGAAUCUUCGCUGAAGCAAUUAGAAGAAUCAACAACGGUGAGUCUGUGUCUAUGUUAUUCGACCACGGUUGGUGA